AUGGGUAUCGCUCUUGCUCUUGCCGCUGCAGGCAUCGCAUUCAUCGUCGUCAAGAAGAUGACCAACAAGCCCAAGCCUGUCGCUUACGGCGCCCAAGGCGGCUACGGCAAGCCACCAGGCUACCGCGACCAGUCGAGCGGCUUCAACCCCAUGUCUUCCAUGGGCGGCUUCGCCGGUGGAGCAAUACCCGGCAUGAUGGGUGGUGGUGGUGGUGGUGGUGGUGGUGGCCAGGCUGCCUCGUUCUACGGCGCGGCACCCGGCUCGCGCGACAUCGGCAGCGUCGGCUACGGUGGUGCCCCCACCCCCGAUUACAACGCCAUCGUCAGGACACUCCAGCACUGCAUCCAGGAGCAGCGCAUUGGCUACUUUUACCAGGACCCUCGCGCCGUCGACGCCAUCGCCCAGCGCAUUGUCGCUAGCGGCGCUAUCGCCGAUAUCUCUCAGGAGUGGCGCCUCACCCCAGACAUUGCUGUCGAUCUCUGCAAGCUCGCACUCUUUGACAUUGUCGUUCUCUGCGAUGACUCGGCCGCCAUGCGUGGUGAGCAGGGCGGUGAGCGUAUCAACGACCUCCGCGCCACCCUCUCCAAGGUUGCCUACGCCGCUACCCUCUUUGACGACGACGGUAUCGAGGUCCGCUUCCUCAACGCGCCCUUUGAGGGCAACCGCAUCAACUCUGACGAGGCCGCUGUCCAGCUCCUCGACCGCAUCAUCUACGACGGCCCCUGUGCCCUCGGCUCGGCUCUUGACUACAAGGUCCUCCAGCCCCUCGUCCUGGGUCCCGCCCGCGCUCGCGCCCUCCACAAGCCCAAGCUCAUUGUCAUCAUCACCGGCGGCACCGGUGCGGUGCACUCUGAGGCUCCCAACACUCUCAACAUGGUCAUUUCGCGCGCUGCCCAGGAGCUCUCGCAGAGUGUUGGCGCCGACGCCAUCUCGUUCCAGUUCUGCCAGGUCGGCAACGACAUGCAGGCUGCGCAGUGGCUCGGCCACCUCGACGCGGACCCGGCCAUCGGUGGUCUCAUGGACCAGACUGGCGACUUUGACGCCGAGCGCGACGAGAUGAUGCGCAAGACUGGCCAGCAGCUCACGCCCGUCAUGUGGCUGCUCAAGAUGAUGCUCGGUGGCAUCGACAACUCGUACGACUCCAAGGACGAGUAG